CCUUCUUCCAGGCUGCACCGGCUUCAGCUCAGAUAUGGAAUGAAAACGAGACGUUGCAAUGAAAAAGCGCCUAAACGGCCCCUGAUCUCAUCCAAAGUUGGAUGUACAGCACACGGUCCCCAAGGAAACAUUGUGCAGACUCAGUUUUCCAUUCAUGCGACUUGUGGGCUCACACACUGUUUAUCAUGGGAUGCGGCGCCUCCGUUGCCAUAGAGACGCAAGCGCCAAGGAUUGAAACAGAUGAGGCAAAGACACCCAAUCCUGCGCUAACUAUGAAGGCAGCUGUGCUGAUCCAGCGAUGGUACCGCCGCUACAUGGCCCGUCUGGAGAUGAGGCGGAGGUACACGUGGAACAUUUUCCAAUCCAUCGAAUACGCCGGCGAACAGGACCAGCUGCAAUUGUCCGGUUUCUUCAGCUUUAUGCUCGACAACUUCACUCACUUAAAUGGAAACGGACCAGAUCUGAUUUCGCAACUUCUGGAGCCUGUCGUUGACCCCUGGUUAGACCGAGAGGCCUGUUAUGACUCCAUUCACGUUCCAGAGUCUUACGUGGGACCUCGACUGUCGUUUCCCCUCUCUGUGUCGGACACAAACGCUCUGCUAAGUGCCUUUAAAGAUCAGCAGACACUUCACGCAAGAUAUGUGCUGCAGCUCCUCUAUGAGACCAAGAAGCUCCUCAAACAGAUGCCCAACAUCGUCCAACUGUCCACAUCGUACACGAAGGAGAUCACGAUAUGUGGUGAUCUUCAUGGGCGACUUGAUGACUUGCUUCUUAUAUUUUACAAGAACGGCCUCCCCUCAGCUGAGACGCCAUAUGUGUUUAAUGGAGACUUUGUUGACCGGGGGAAAAAGUCCAUCGAGGUGGUCGUCCUCCUAUUUGCUUACUUUCUACUUUACCCCGACUACAUGCAUCUGAACCGAGGGAACCACGAGGACCACAUCAUGAACCUAAGAUAUGGGUUCACAAAAGAGGUCAUGCAGAAGUACAAGGCGAACAGUUGUGAGAUCUUGCAGCUUUUUCAGGAUGUCUUCAGUCUUCUGCCCGUUGCCGCGGUAAUAGACGGAAAGGUCCUCAUUGUUCACGGGGGCAUAUCAGACCAGACUGACUUAGACUUCCUCAGCGUCAUUGACCGGCACAAGGUUAAAUCAGCCAUGAGGCUUCCUCGAUGCCGUUUGGAGCAGCCAGAUAUCGGUCAGUCCAAUAGACACAUGAAAAGAAUGAAAUCCACGGAUACUUGCUGCAGUCGCACUAAAAUCCAAAAAACUCCUAACCUGAGAAAAAGGUACUCCGGUUUGAGCCGACAAGACAGUUCAGCCUCGACAUCUUCCUCCUCUUCCUCCUCAUCGUCGUCGUCUUCAUCGCUCUGCUCUCAGCAAUUCCCCUCGUGCUUCUCACCUCAUCAGUCUUCUCCCAAUAUUCCGUACGACAUCAACAUCCUCCGAGUGCCUUUCUUAGAUUCGACCACCGCUGUUCCGCUCCCGUCUCCUCCACAAAAUGAGCAGGAAUGGAAACAGAUUGUCGACAUCCUGUGGAGUGACCCCAAAAUCCAGGAAGGCUGCAGCCCAAACACGUUCCGAGGAGGUGGCUGCUAUUUUGGGCCCGAUGUCACGCGGAGACUUCUGCUCCAACACGGUUUGCAGCUCAUCAUCAGAUCCCACGAGUGUAAACAGGAAGGAUACGAGCUGUGUCACGGCGGACAGGUGAUCACUAUCUUCUCUGCGUCCAACUAUUAUGAGGAGGGAAGUAACCGGGGCGCCUAUAUAAAACUGGGAAGAGAUCUGGUGCCGCGCUUCUACCAGUACCAAGUCAGCCGCUCAACGCGCAAACUCACGUUGACACAAAGAGUACGGGUGGCUGAGAGCUCAGCUCUCAGAGCACUGAAAGAAAAAGUGUUCGCCCACCGUUCUGACCUCAUUGCAGGCUUCCAGAAGUAUGACCAGAAUUUUACUGGCAGGGUGACGCCCAGUGAAUGGGCUCAGGUGUUGGGGUCGGUCCUGAGACUGGACCUGCCGUGGAGGACGCUCUGUCCACAUUUAGCACACCUGGCACCAGAUGGAAGCGUGGACUAUAUGUCCUGCUUUGAGGAUAUGGGAACAGGGACACAGCUGCCACAGGUCACACCAAACCUGGCAGAGACUCUGUUUCGUUACCGAACAGACAUUGAGAUCAUAUUCAACAUAAUAGAUAAAGACCAUUCAGGUCUUAUUUCAAUUGAAGAGUUUCGUCACACGUGGCGCCUCUUCAGCGCUCACCUUGGGGUGGACAUCACUAACGGGGCUAUCGAUGACUUGGCUCGUAGCAUUGAUUUUAACAAGGAUGGAAGCAUCGACUUCACAGAGUUCCUGGAGGCCUUUCGAGUUGUGCACAAGCUGGACAACAAGGAUCUCAAGACAAAUGGAGAGAGGCAAAUGAAAUGAGCUGAAAGCAGAUGAGCUGAAAUGCUUUACCGUGGAGCGAGGAGAGGUGACAUUGCUGCAAGUGGAGAGACUGCCGCUGAGGAUCUACAUAUGGACAUGGAUGACAAAUGUUUGAGAUGACUUUACAUGUACUAUGACUUCUUGGCAUGACGUAAUGAACAAAAUAAACAGGUUACAAAUAAGCUGAAAUGAUCUCAUACAGCGAGAGAUGGCGGUCAUUCCGGUAAUGCAGCUGCAAUAAAAAAUAUAUGCUAUGGUUGAUGUUAGAAACAGAUUCAUAUGCAUGUUUUUGUUUUUUGUUUUUUCAAACCCACACUGAGGGGCCGGGAGCCAUCCAACUGCAAUCAGAGGCAACAUACAACACUAUUAUUUGACACAUCGCAUUUUU